CGCCGCGGGAGAAGGCGUCCGGGUUGUGCGGUUAUGCAAUGGUCACUGCAACAUGGCUCGCCCUUGAAUUGGAGCUUUUUAAGACUGACACAUGCGGGUACUGCAUCGUCUCUAAGCGGACUAUAAUUCCUUCUCUCCCGACAACUACAUAAGCAGACAAAAUUGCAAAGAUCUGCCCCGUGUCGAGUAUGACAGCCACGACCCGUGGCUCUCCAGUCGGAGGGAAUGACAACCAAGGCCAGGCUCCUGAUGGCCAGUCCCAGCCUCCCCUCCAGCAGAAUCAGACUUCCUCGCCUGAUUCUUCCAAUGAGAAUUCCCCGGCUACCCCCCCUGAUGAACAGGGUCAAGGUGAUGCCCCACCUCAACUUGAAGAUGAGGAACCCGCAUUUCCACAUACUGACCUGGCCAAGUUGGAUGACAUGAUUAACAGGCCCCGAUGGGUAGUUCCAGUUUUACCGAAAGGAGAAUUAGAAGUUCUUUUAGAAGCUGCUAUUGACCUUAGUAAAAAAGGCCUGGAUGUAAAAAGUGAAGCAUGUCAGCGUUUUUUCCGAGAUGGGCUAACAAUAUCUUUUACAAAAAUCCUUACGGAUGAGGCAGUGAGUGGAUGGAAGUUCGAAAUUCAUAGAUGCAUUAUUAACAACACUCAUCGUCUAGUAGAACUUUGUGUGGCCAAGUUGUCCCAAGACUGGUUCCCACUCCUAGAGCUUCUUGCCAUGGCCUUAAAUCCUCACUGCAAAUUCCAUAUCUACAAUGGUACACGUCCAUCCGAAACCGUUCCUGCAGGAGUUCAGUUGGCAGAAGAUGAACUCUAUGCCCGUCCUCCUGAUCCACGAUCACCAAAAGGUUGGCUUGUGGAUCUCAUCAAUAAAUUUGGCACAUUAAAUGGGUUCCAGAUCUUACACGAUCGCUUCAUUAGUGGCUCAGCAUUGAAUGUUCAGAUCAUUGCAGCUCUUAUUAAGCCAUUUGGACAGUGCUAUGAGUUUCUUACGCUACACACAGUGAAGAAAUACUUCCUUCCAAUUAUAGAAAUGGUUCCGCAGUUUUUAGAAAACUUAACUGAUGAUGAACUGAAAAAAGAAGCAAAGAAUGAAGCCAAAAAUGAUGCUUUGUCGAUGAUAAUCAAAUCGUUAAAGAACUUAGCUUCAAGGGUUCCGGGUCAAGAGGAAACUGUAAAAAAUUUAGAAAUAUUUAGAUUAAAAAUGAUACUUAGAUUGUUACAAAUAUCUUCUUUCAAUGGUAAAAUGAACGCACUAAAUGAAGUCAAUAAGGUGAUAUCUAGUGUGUCCUAUUAUACCCACCGGCACGGUAACCCAGAAGAAGAAGAAUGGCUCACCGCAGAAAGAAUGGCAGAAUGGAUACAACAGAACAACAUCUUAUCAAUUGUGCUACGAGAUAGUCUUCAUCAGCCUCAGUAUGUAGAAAAACUAGAAAAGAUACUUCGUUUUGUCAUUAAAGAAAAAGCCCUCACCUUACAAGACCUUGACAAUAUUUGGGCAGCACAGGCGGGAAAGCAUGAAGCUAUUGUAAAGAACGUACACGAUCUCCUGGCUAAACUGGCUUGGGAUUUCUCGCCCGAACAACUUGACCAUCUUUUUGAUUGCUUUAAGGCAAGUUGGACAAACGCCAGCAAAAAACAACGUGAAAAACUACUCGAGCUGAUCCGUCGACUCGCAGAAGAUGAUAAAGAUGGUGUGAUGGCUCACAAGGUUUUGAAUCUUCUGUGGAACUUGGCACAUAGUGAUGAUGUGCCCGUUGAUAUCAUGGACCAGGCUCUUAGUGCUCACAUUAAAAUCUUAGAUUAUAGUUGUUCACAGGAUCGAGACACACAAAAGAUCCAGUGGAUAGACCGUUUUAUAGAAGAGCUUCGCACAAAUGACAAAUGGGUGAUUCCUGCACUGAAACAAAUUAGAGAAAUUUGUAGCUUGUUUGGCGAAGCGCCACAAAACUUGAGUCAAACUCAACGAAGUCCCCACGUAUUUUAUCGUCACGAUUUAAUUAAUCAACUUCAGCACAAUCAUGCCCUGGUGACUCUGGUAGCAGAAAAUCUCUCUGCUUAUAUGGAAAGCAUGAGACAGUAUGCUAAAGAGCAUGGAGAAUAUGAUCCCCAAACUGUGAGACCAGGAAGUAGAUACAGUCAUGUACAAGAGGUCCAGGAAAGACUUAACUUUCUCCGAUUUUUAUUGAAGGAUGGUCAGCUGUGGCUCUGUGCACCUCAGGCGAAACAAAUAUGGAAAUGUUUAGCUGAAAAUGCAGUCUACCUUUGUGACCGUGAAGCCUGUUUUAAGUGGUAUUCUAAAUUGAUGGGGGACGAGCCAGACUUAGACCCUGACAUCAAUAAGGACUUCUUUGAAAAUAAUGUGCUGCAGCUUGAUCCUUCCCUACUAACAGAAAACGGGAUGAAAUGUUUUGAGCGAUUUUUCAAAGCGGUGAACUGUCGAGAAGGGAAGCUGGUCGCCAAGAGGCGGGCCUAUAUGAUGGAUGAUUUGGAAUUAAUAGGUUUAGAUUACCUCUGGAGGGUUGUGAUUCAGGGAAAUGAUGACAUUGCCAACAGAGCAAUAGAUCUUCUUAAAGAGAUCUACACUAACCUUGGACCAAGGUUACAAGUUAACCAGGUAGUGAUCCAUGAAGACUUUAUUCAGUCCUGCUUUGAUCGCUUGAAGGCCUCUUAUGAUACCUUGUGUGUGUUGGAUGGUGACAAAGACAGUAUUAAUUGCGCAAGGCAAGAAGCGAUACGGAUGGUGCGAGUGUUGACUGUUUUAAGAGAGUAUAUAAAUGAAUGUGACAGUGAUUACCAUGAAGAAAGGACCAUUUUGCCUAUGUCAAGAGCAUUUCGUGGUAAACACAUCACUUUGGUAGUUCGUUUUCCAAACCAAGGCCGGCAGGUAGAAGAUCUGGACAUUUGGUCUCACACAAAUGACACAAUUGGUUCAGUGCGGCGAUGUAUUCUCAAUCGUAUUAAAGCUAAUAGCGCCCAUACAAAAAUAGAACUCUUUAUUGGUGGUGAACUGGUAGAUCCUGCAGAUGAUAGGAAAUUAAUUGGACAACUAAACCUCAAAGAUAAAACGCUAAUUACAGCCAAACUCACGCAGAUAAGUUCCAAUAUGCCUUCAAGCCCUGAUAGCUCUUCUGAUUCCUCAACUGGUUCUCCAGGCAACCAUGGCAAUCAUUAUAGUGAUGGCCCCAACCCAGAAGUAGAAAGCUGCCUACCUGGAGUGAUCAUGUCAAUGCAUCCGAGAUACAUCUCUUUCCUUUGGCAAGUUGCAGACUUGGGUAGCAGCCUGAGUAUGUCACCCCUAAGAGAUGGAGCAAGAGUGCUUAUGAAACUUAUGCCACCAGAUAACACUACAGUAGAAAAACUAAGAGCCAUUUGCUUAGACCAUGCGAAACUUGGAGAAAGCAGUCUUAGCCCAUCUCUUGAUUCACUUUUUUUUGGACCUUCUGCCUCACAAGUGCUAUAUUUGAUGGAGGUAGUUUAUGCCUUGUUAAUGCCUGCCAACGCACCCUUGGGUGAAGAUGCCAGUGACUUUCAAUUCAACUUCUUGAAAAGUGGAGGCUUGCCUCUCGUACUGAGCAUGCUGACAAGAAAUAACUUCCUGCCAAGCGCAGAUAAAGAAACGCGAAGGGGUGCCUACCUGAACGCUCUAAAAAUAGCCAAAUUGUUACUUACCGCCGUCGGUUAUGGCCACGUACGAGCUGUAGCCGAAGCUUGCCAGCCAGCUGUGGAAGGCACAAGUCCCUUGUCACCGAUAAACCAGGCAACCCAUGAUCAAGCAGUGGUGCUACAAAAUGCCCUUCAGAACAUUCCUAAUCCAACAUCUGAGUGCAUGCUUAGAAAUGUGGCAAUUCGGCUCGCCCAACAAAUAUCCGAUGAGGCUUCAAAAUACAUCCCUGAUAUCUGUGUAAUUAGAGCAGUGCAAAAAAUUGUCUGGGCAUCAGGCUGUGGGUCAGUGCAGCUUGUGUUUAGUGCAAAUGAAGAUAUUAGUAAAAUUUAUGAAAAGACCAAUGCAGGCCACGAACCUGACAUGGAAGACGAACAAGUGUGUUGCGAAGCAUUGGAAGUGAUGACACUCUGCUUCGCUCUUAUCCCAACAGCCCUGGAUGCACUUAGUAAAGAGAAAGCUUGGCAGACUUUUAUCAUUGACUUGUUAUUGCACUGUCACAGCAAAACCGUUCGUCAGAUGGCACAGGAGCAGUUCUUUUUAAUGGCUACAAGGUGCUGCAUGGGACAUAGGCCUCUGCUUUUCUUCAUUACUCUGCUGUUUACUGUUUUAGGGAGCACAGCUAGAGAGAGAGCUAAGCAUUCGGGAGACUACUUCACUCUGUUAAGGCACCUUCUUAAUUAUGCUUACAAUAGUAAUAUAAACGUACCCAAUGCUGAAGUCCUUCUCAAUAAUGAAAUUGACUGGCUUAAACGGAUUAGGGAUGAAGUUAAAAGAACAGGGGAAACGGGUGUUGAAGAGACAAUCCUCGAAGGACACCUAGGAGUCACAAAAGAACUGUUGGCCUUUCAAACCCCAGAGAAGAAAUAUCAUAUUGGGUGUGAAAAAGGAGGUGCUAAUCUCAUUAAAGAAUUGAUAGAUGACUUCAUCUUUCCUGCAUCCAAUGUUUACUUGCAGUACAUGAGGAAUGGAGAACUGCCGGCUGAACAGGCUAUACCAGUUUGCAGUUCACCAGCCACCAUCAAUGCUGGUUUUGAGCUGCUAGUAGCACUAGCAGUUGGUUGCGUGAGGAAUCUCAAACAAAUAGUAGACACUCUGACUGAGAUGUAUUACAUAGGUACAGCAAUAACGACUUGUGAAGCACUUACAGAAUGGGAAUACCUACCACCCGUGGGGCCUCGUCCACCCAAGGGAUUUGUGGGGUUAAAAAACGCCGGGGCUACUUGUUACAUGAAUUCUGUGAUCCAGCAGCUGUACAUGAUUCCUGCCAUUCGGAAUGGGAUUCUUGCAAUCGAAGGCACAGGCAGUGAUGUAGACGAUGAUAUGUCUGGGGAUGAGAAGCAGGAAAAUGAGAAUAAUGUUGAUCCUCGGGAUGAUGUAUUUGGAUAUCCUCAUCAGUAUGAAGACAAACCAGCGUUAAGUAAAACAGAAGAUAGAAAAGAAUACAAUAUUGGAGUAUUAAGGCAUCUCCAGGUCAUCUUUGGUCACUUAGCAGCUUCCAGACUGCAGUACUAUGUCCCAAGAGGUUUUUGGAAACAAUUCAGGCUUUGGGGUGAGCCUGUUAAUCUCCGUGAGCAACAUGACGCUUUAGAAUUUUUUAAUUCGUUGGUAGACAGUUUAGAUGAAGCAUUAAAAGCUUUGGGACAUCCUGCCAUGCUAAGUAAAGUUUUAGGAGGCUCCUUUGCUGAUCAGAAGAUUUGCCAAGGCUGCCCUCAUAGGUACGAAUGUGAAGAAUCAUUUACAACUCUGAAUGUAGAUAUUAGAAAUCACCAAAACCUCCUUGAUUCUUUGGAACAGUAUGUCAAAGGAGACUUACUGGAAGGUGCAAAUGCAUAUCAUUGUGAAAAAUGCAACAAAAAGGUUGAUACAGUAAAGCGCCUCCUAAUUAAGAAGUUGCCUCCAGUUCUUGCAAUCCAGCUGAAACGAUUUGACUAUGACUGGGAAAGGGAAUGUGCAAUCAAGUUCAAUGACUACUUUGAAUUUCCCCGCGAGUUGGACAUGGAGCCCUACACCGUGGCAGGGGUGGCCAAGCUAGAAGGUGAUGACGUGAACCCCGAAAACCAGCUGAUACAACAGAACGAGCAGUCGGAAAACGAACCCUCAGGGAGCACCAAAUACAGGCUGGUUGGGGUGCUCGUCCACAGCGGUCAGGCAAGCGGGGGACAUUACUAUUCUUACAUCAUUCAGAGGAAUGGUGGCGAUGGGGAGAAGAAUCGCUGGUAUAAAUUUGACGACGGCGACGUAACGGAGUGCAAGAUGGAUGACGACGAGGAGAUGAAAAACCAGUGUUUUGGUGGCGAAUAUAUGGGGGAGGUGUUCGAUCACAUGAUGAAGCGCAUGUCCUAUAGGCGCCAGAAGAGAUGGUGGAAUGCCUACAUUCUUUUUUAUGAACGGAUGGACACGGUAGACAAAGACAACGAGCUGAUAAAAUACAUUUCCGAGCUAUCCGUCAGCAGUAAACCCCACCAGAUUAAAAUGCCAUCGGCCAUCGAGAGGAGCGUGCGCAAGCAAAAUGUGCAGUUCAUGCAUAACCGGAUGCAAUACAGUCUAGAGUAUUUCCAGUUUGUGAAAAAACUGCUUACUUGUAACAGUCUCUACUUAAACCCCCCUCCAGGGCAAGAUAAUCUGUUGCCAGAAGCAGAAGAAAUAACUAUGAUUAGUAUUCAGCUUGCUGCUAGAUUCCUCUUCACCACAGGAUUUCACACAAAGAAAAUAGUCCGUGGCCCUGCCAGUGACUGGUAUGAUGCAUUGUGUAUCCUUCUCCGUCACAGCAAGAAUGUACGCUUUUGGUUUGCACACAAUGUCCUUUUUAAUGUUUCAAAUCGCUUCUCUGAGUACCUUCUGGAGUGCCCUAGUGCCGAAGUGAGAGGUGCCUUCGCAAAACUUAUCGUAUUUAUUGCACACUUUUCGCUGCAAGAUGGGCCAUGUCCUUCACCUUUUGCUUCUCCUGGACCUUCCAGUCAGGCUUACGAUAACUUGAGUUUGAGUGAUCAUUUACUGAGAGCGGUACUAAAUCUUCUGAGAAGAGAAGUGUCCGAGCACGGGCGCCAUUUGCAACAGUAUUUCAAUCUGUUUGUAAUGUAUGCCAAUCUAGGUGUAGCAGAAAAGACACAGCUGCUGAAACUAAGCGUGCCUGCCACAUUUAUGCUUGUGGCUCUCGAUGAAGGUCCCGGUCCUCCGAUCAAAUAUCAGUAUGCCGAACUGGGCAAGUUGUACACCGUGGUGUCACAACUGCUCCGUUGUUGCAAUGUAUCAUCUCGGAUGCAGUCUUCAAUCAAUGGUAAUCCCCCUCUUUCCAACCCUUACGGUGAUCCUAACUUAUCUCAACCCAUUAUGGCACUUCAGCAGAAUGUGGCAGACAUUUUGUUUGUAAGAACAAGUUAUGUGAAGAAAAUUAUUGAAGACUGCAGUAACUCAGAGGAAACUGUCAAAUUGCUUCGCUUUUGCUGCUGGGAGAAUCCUCAGUUCUCUUCUACCGUCCUCAGUGAACUUCUCUGGCAGGUUGCAUAUUCAUACACCUAUGAACUUCGACCCUAUUUGGAUCUACUUUUGCAGAUCUUGUUAAUUGAGGACUCUUGGCAAACUCACAGAAUUCAUAAUGCACUUAAAGGAAUCCCUGAUGACCGGGAUGGGCUAUUUGACACCAUCCAGCGAUCCAAGAAUCAUUAUCAGAAAAGAGCUUACCAGUGUAUAAAGUGCAUGGUAGCUCUCUUCAGCAACUGUCCGGUGGCUUACCAAAUCCUACAGAGCAAUGGAGAUCUGAAAAGAAAAUGGACCUGGGCAGUGGAGUGGCUUGGAGAUGAACUUGAGCGAAGACCGUAUACUGGCAAUCCACAGUAUACCUAUAACAACUGGUCGCCACCCGUGCAGAGCAAUGAGACUUCAAAUGGCUACUUCUUGGAGAGAUCACACAGUGCUAGGAUGACCCUUGCAAAAGCAUGUGAACUCUGUCCGGAGGAGGUUAUCGGGUCUGAAAUCUCAGGACCAAGGCUUGCCCGUCGUUCUGAACAGGAGACGCCAGCCUCCCUAACUGAACCGGAUGACCAAGAGGCCCCAGAUGAACACGAGUCCUCUCCACCAGAAGAUGCGCCAUUAUAUCCCCAUUCCCCUGGAUCCCAGUAUCAGCAGAAUAACCAUGUUCAUGGACAGCCAUAUACCGGCCCGGCAGCACAUCACAUGAACAACCCUCAAAGAACUGGCCAACGAGCACAAGAAAAUUUUGAAGGCAAUGAAGAUGUUUCCCCGCCCCAGACAAAAGAUUAGUGAAAUGCACAUACGUAAUUAACUGGCUCCAUCAAGACUGUGCACCCAGGCCUUACAGUCCAACCUUUUUCCGUGUCUGGCUAAUAUUUAAAACUAGAAAAAACUAUUCCUAAUCAACAUGGAGUGGAGAGUCUAUUCACUGUCUUAUCUGCAGAAAUUUGCUGUCAAUAUAUAACCCGCCUGCAGUGGAAAGUGUAUAGUGUUUUGUAAUAAAUGGCCUGAUGCUAAUGUGUAAAUGGCAAAGGUGUAUAUAGUAUAUUAAUGUUUGACUGUUAAUUCUUAAGCAAGAAACUUUUUUUUUUGUCUUGACGAGACUCACAGAUCUACGGAAACAAACAAAAAAUUAAUUUCUCCAUCUAUCAGCUGCACUCAGCAACCAGUGUUGCCUGCCUCACGGCAGUUGGAUCUACUCCUUACAAAAAAAACAAAAAAAAAAAAGGCUCAUCCAUGUCAGCUACAUCAAUAGUUUCAUGUUAAUUCUAGACCACUGGAGUCGAUUUCACUAUGAGCAACGUAACGGCUGGUAACCUUUUAAUUAUUUGGUUGAUGUGGAAAAUUGGUGAUGUAACAUUGUUUCUAGAUCUUUUUUCAUUGCCUUUUUCAUUCUGGUAUUAGGUUAAUCACUUUGGAGCUAUAGUUAUGCUGUAACAUUUAGCAUGGCUUCACACCAUGUUAGUGUAGCCAACGAGGAAAACACAGUACCAUAAUGACAGUAGUUGCCCCAAGGAGACAACUGCAUCACUCAGAGCUUUUUCUCCUUACACCUAGAAUAUUAAAAAACGAGGG